AUGGAAGAUCAGCAUGAACCUGUGGUGAUUCAAGUAGAGGAAGAAGCUAAUGUAGAUGCUUCCAACUCAUACUCAUCAACAACAGAGAGUAAGAAAGACUCUGAUGAAAAGAAUGAUAAAGAAAAUCCAGGUGAAAGUCUGGAUAACGACAAAGAGGAUGAAGAAUUUAAUAAACAUAGAGUCGGUCGUUUUGUAACUGUUAUCAAUCUUUUGAACUCCCUUCUUGGAGCAAGUAUCUUUUCACUUCCAGGAAAAUUCAAAGAGGUUGGUAUUAUUCCAUCAAUAGUUCUCUUGGCUAUUGCUGCAUAUGUAGCUUAUGUUAGCUCUAAUAUUCUUGUUCGUUUGCAAAAGGAAGUCAAUGGAAAAGGAUUUGAUGAUAUAUCCCUUAAGAUUUUUGGACGUAUCGGUCAAAUAUUUGUAUCAAUCAUCUCAUUAGUAUUCUGCACAGCAAGUUUAGUUGCAUAUAUCGUUAUCGCAUGUGAUGUUAUACAGCAAUGGUUCGUUCUCAAAGGUAUCAAAGUAACAUACCUUGCACGUGUCGGUAUCACAUUUGUUUACAGUAUCUUACCGAUUUCGUUAUCAAUCCCAAGAUCAUUGAAAUUCUUAUCGUAUUUCUCUUCACUAACCAUUGUAAUCAUGAUCUUCUAUUCCAUUGUUGUUAUUAUUAGAGCACCAAAGAUCAUUCCACACCAGGAUUUCAAGCAUCCAAACUUUACAGUUGGUAAAUUUGGUUUUGGUCUCUUAUCAGCUCUUUCUAUCUGCUUCCUUAACUUCACAUUACCUAUUACAACACUACCAAUCAUAGAGAAGUACAACAAAGACCUCAAGAAGAGAAGUGUUGCUUUGGCAUUUACUUGCAUUGCAUGCUUUACUUUGCUUGCUAUUCCAGGUGUACUUGGAUAUCUCAUGAUCUUCGAAGUUAACUCUUCAGAGUUGAUUUUCUCAUAUGAAAAGUUCCAGAAGGAUGUAUUAUUCAACAUUGUCAAAGGCGGUUGCUUGGUUGCUGUGUUAUAUUCAUAUCCAGUAUUCAUCAAGCCAGUCAUUUGCUCUUGGUCGCAGUUCUUCUUUAAAGAGAAUGAUGCUUAUGAUCUCUCGAUUCCUAAAUUGGCAUGCGUUCAUGUAGUUUCUCAUACAAUUCCUGUAUGUGUUGCAGCGUUUUAUCCUAAGGUAAUGACUAUUCUAGACUAUUGCGGUUCAUUCGGCUGCUUGAUUGAUAUUCUUGUACCGGCUUUACUGUAUUAUGUACAUUUCAAGCCAUCAUUCAAAUCAAUAUCGUUCUGGUGGUCAUGGGCGCUUAUAAUUUUAGGUGCCUUCCUUGCAAUUACAACAAUUGUUAUCAAUGUUAGGAGCGCUAUAUCAUCAAAUUAA